UCCAGCACAAGGAUGGACGUUGCCCCGCCUCCUCAGACCGCGACGCGCAAAAUUUGCAUCUCAAUUCUUCCCGCCGCAUCAACACCGCGCUGCCGCAACAGCAACCUGGCGAUCGAGCUACGACCUCAACGAGCUCCUAUCGCAUCUCUGGGCCAUGUCCUCACUGAGCAGAGAAAGCUUUCGAGAUUUGCGAGCUCAGCAGAAAGCACGCGCACAAGGCCGAUUGGCAUCUCGCCUUCCUGUUGUGAGAGUCCAGGGCUCGCCUCGGCCACUGCGCCAAUUCAGGAUGACAUGCGCCUUGAUGCCGUCGCCACCACUGGUAUGCCAGUGAUGCGGAAUGCACUCAGCCACCUGGACUACAACCUCGCUCAUGAGUUGGACAUUCGCGCCAUGCAGAGCAAUCCGCCCAUUUCUCUCCACAUCCGGCAAAUUGCGACGUCCAGGAAGAGCUUUUUCCGCCUACCUCCGCUGAUCGACACCUCGCAACAACCAAUCCUGCAAAUCUGCCUACGAGCAUGGGCCGCCCCACGAUGCAGUGCCGCUCGAGCUGCUCAUGGUGUUGCCAUCGCCCAAGACAGCUUAGAUGAGGAAGAAGACGAACAAGACGAGCAGGCUCAGUAGAUGGCGCAGGCUGAUGUGUGGGCGACCGAAGACCAUUGAUGCACACUUUGCGAAGGCUGCCUGUGUGGAGAGCGACACGGCAUUUGUUGAAGUGAUGUGCACCAGGAGGCGCAUCUUGACACACGUUGGCCGAAUUGAUGAGACCUCCGCCGAGAUAAGAAGGACCAGCCGCUGUGCUCGCUGCGUACACAUGGGCUAGAUGGCAAGAACGGCAAAGAAUUGAAGUGCAUGCUGUUCACGAGGUGUGUCGAGUCGCCACCAUCCUUACGUUGCUUCAAGCACGUUACGUACGCCUAUGUUAGGCCUACGCUUCUGGUGAAGCUCAGUUCAUCACAUCGCUUUCCAGAAGACAUACUUACCUACAGCCAAGAGUGCCGAUUCGUAUCUUCAACACAGCCCCGGCGUUGCUGUCGAGCAGCCUUUCCUCUCGUUCCCCCAUAUCGCAUCGCAGUCUGGUUGUCGCCCUCAACUCCCACACCCUCUCGAGCCAGGCCUCUCUCCGUCGCUAUCGAGUCCGACAACGAUGACUACGAGCAGCCAGGAGGCGGUGGUUCAGCAGUUCCUACACGCAGCUCGGCAGCCCACAAUUCAACUGCCGUCGAGAAGCUUUGGACCGAGGUCUCUGGCGGGGUGAACAGAUCUGACAAUGACGAGCUCGAUGUUCUUGGGGGUUGGUAGUCAACGCCUUGAGAUAGGGACGAGCUCAAUAUUAGCGGCGAGGUGCACGAUAAGAGGGGGAAGAGGGAAGAGAAGAAACAGAGAGGGGAAAGAGGGAGGAGAAAGAACAGAGAGGAGGAAGAAAGUGGGGGGAAAGAACAAAGAGGAUGAGGAGGAAGAAGGAUGGAAAGGAAGAGGAGGGAGGAGGAGGUAGCGGGAGGAGAAGGAAGAGGAAGGCGGAUGAGGCCAACGCUGCCAGCGACGAAACAAUAGACGUGGCGUAAAGUCGCGUCGCUUCAUGUCUUCGAGAAGUAAGUCGCUCUUCGCAUCGCCGGCUACGUCAAACCCAGACGGGUGACUUUCUGGGCCUGGACGCUUCAAAGGAGCGCCUGAGGCCGCUGCUAAGCUGGUGCUCUGAUGCUAGCGCAGUGUCUGGCGGCUCGCUUGAGCGCUGGUUGAAUCACCAUCGACCCUAUCGUGCGGCGACGGCUACUUCUCGUCCGUGUUGGCUGAGCCUCGGGUAUACACUCCAUUGGGCCUGUCCUUAUCGGGAAAGAUCAAGGGCAACUGGCUAGUGUACGCCUUCGUACAAGCCUCGAUUCGGUUCCUCCAAAUGCGACAAGGAUAGGUACUGAGCAUCAUCAUUAUCGUUCAAGAUAGAGGUCUUACGAAUGAUGCACUUGAAAUCAUCAAUACUACAGGCGAUGGCCAUUGCCGGUGUACAAUUCAUGAACAGUAUCAGGGAGGUUGACUUCUGAAAGUCAUAGUAGUGCUUGUCCUUGUCAUGCGCUCUCGCCGAUUGGACGAAAGCCGGCAUGCUUCAGUACAUGAUCCUUUGUCGUCUUGGAUGCUGUUGCAGUGGCACCGAACCAAACCGCAUCGUUGCGCAUGGUAUUACGGCCAGAAAGAUGUAUCAAAAGGCAGCGUGGCCAGCAGGAGUCAGCUCAAAAAUCUGUCUGCCAUAUAAUUUCGUUCGCUUGGCAGAUAUACACGGCACAAUAUUUGAAUUAGGAUGUUCUAACGCCAGAACCGAAUCUGAAGAAGCAGCAGAGGAUAUCGUGCCCCCAAUGGCAUCGGUACGCGUUCUCGAAAUUCCAAGAAGCAUAUCUCAAGAG